AGAGCUCUCCUCAAGUGCUGAAAAACAUCCAAGACCAGGCCCUAGUUUGUUUUGAAAAUUAGGGUUUUCUUUAAAUGACGUCCAAUUUGUUAAACCUGAACGUGGACACGCUGUUCGAGCAGCACGGCGUGUCCGAAAUCGAUGGGAUAUACAAGCGGAUACAGUCACUUGUGGAGAACAAGCGGGAGGAGCUUCGCACGCAUGUUGGGGAGCGAUAUAGGGACCUAUUACAGGCGGCAGACACCAUUGCCGCCAUGCAAACGUCGGCGGGGACUCUUAUUGAACAGGUUCAGCGAGUGCAGUCGAACUGCCGGAGUCUGAACGAGCAGCAACUUUUGGGAUUCCACAGCUCCGCUGCUCAGGACGCAGGCUCGGCAGCUUCGGAGGCGGCUUUGCAGCAAAGGAGCGCGAACCGCAAGCUACAGACCUACUACGGCACUCUGGUGCAGAUUAAACUCCUCACUGCCCUGCCGGAGCUGAUAUGGACGCAUUUAGACAACAAACGCUUCUAUGCCGCCGCCGAGUUGUUUGUGCUUAGUCGUCACAUCAGCACUGGCCUCCAGCUAGACGGACAGAGUGCCUUGAUGCAGAAAUUGCCAGUGGCCCGCAAGCAAUGGGAGAUCCUGAGGCCUUUUCAUGUAACCAUCAAGCAGGCGGUGCUGGAUGCCCUUGAACAAGAGCAAUUGUCUUCUGAGCUGGCGGUCGAUUGCCUUCAGAGCCUGCUUCUGCUAGAAAAGAGCGACCUGGCAGCAGUGCUUCAGACAUUCCUAGGCCUUCGUUCGGCCGCUUUCCUUAGCUGCCUUGAAAGCAGGUCCUCGGAACCGAGGCGCGUCAAGGAGCGCAUCUUGGCCAGUCUGGGUGUGUUAAACGGAACAGUGGAUCUGCUAGACAAGUGUCUACUCGGCGAUGGUCUUCUCUACUCCCGUUUGGAUGAGUGCGGCGCCUCCACCUAUCCUGCAACCAUUAGCCGUAUGGAGAGCAGUGAGCGUCAACUUGCACAUCUGCUGCCCGACAUCAUAUCUGGGUUUAGGCCCCAGUUCCAAGUGGUUCGACUAGCCCCUGAGCAACUUGGCGUUUCCCUGCAACAGUGGCUGGACAAAAUGAACGCUCUGGCAGCAGCGAAUCUGCAGCAGGUCUUUGCCCUGGUCAGCAGCAUGCAAAUUAUCCAGGACAUCAAGUCGGAGGCCAGGGCAAGUGGGCGACCAGACUUUGGGCGUCUGGAGCAACAAUUGCAGUUGAAGCACAGCCAGUUGGACUUUUACGCAAGGAAAUACGUGCCCCUGAUCAACGGCAGGGUUCGCGAGAUAAUCCGAGGCAGUUGGGCGGCUGCCAUGAAACAGACAUAUGAGCAGGUGCUUGCCCUCAUCGAGAACGGACAGCUUCUGCCACCGCAUCAGAUCUGGCAAGAGCAAAGCGAUGAUCUGCCCCUCAGCCUGGCAGCCGCUCUCAGUGAUCAGCCCAAACGCUUGGCCAACCGCACAAAGGGCUACGACAGUGCCACCAUAGACCUGUGCCGAAAGUUUGAUGCUCAUCUGGCGGACAUCGUGCAGGAGCUCAACGUAAUGCUGCAGGAGCAAACAACGCGGGCCGAAGACAAGCUGGCUCUGAUCAAGUUCUUGCGAGAGACGGCAAAGGAGCAGAUCACGGAGUACUUGAGCAACCUGAAGAGCCUGCAGCUGCGGGAGCGUCCUGCCCUUUUACUCGCUCUGCGCAACACCCUGGCCCUGGUGGAGUUGUGUCCAAACUUGAAGUUGUGCUUUUGCCAGCCACCCAAUUGGCGUCAGUGGACGGGAAACCUAACUGGCGUGGGCAUCGAGCACUGGCAACGUGUUUGUGGCCUCAUUGAGGAUGAAAUGCUUAGCUUUUGGCUACUUAUUGUGGACGAUGUGUUAGCCGGUCACAGUUGCGAGGACAAGCUGCCAAGAAUGAUAAACAACGAGGUGGUUUUAAGUGAUUUCGCACUUUGGCAAUCUCUGACUUUGGAGCAGCGCGACGAGGAGCAGGAACAGAGUGUUCAGUCAACCAUUCGCAUUCCCAGCCAGCCGCGUUUCUCGCUGCAAAUGUAUCUCCACCAGUUGAUCCAAGCUCUCAAUGAAGCUGUUCCCCAAACCCUGCCGCCAAAAGUGCUUCAGGCUUUCAACCACCGCCUUCUGGGCCAACUGCUCACGCACUAUGAGGGCUUGGCAAAGGCAGAUGGCACAAAAUCUAGCCAGAAUAUUGCCCUGCAGCUGUUCUUCGAUCUGAAGUUCCUGGAGCGUGUGUUUGCCAUCACCCGUGAAGAGCGGGCUCUUUACGAUCGCAUCCACGAACAGCAGAAUCAGUUGCGUGAUUGCAUAGAUCCUUUCGACUUUGAACUGUUUGCCGAGCACAUCACUUCGCACGUGGCUAGAGCCACCUCGCGUUUGCAGGGCGAACUGGGUGUGCUGACUCCCGUAGUAGCUACCUCCAGCCAGGGAACAGGAAACAGUUCCUUGGCCCACGAAUCAGACCCGAAUGUUUUGUGUCUUAGUUCUUCAGGGGCCACCUCGCUGUGGUUCCCAUUGCUGCCAAUUGUGAUGCCCCAAGCCAGUGGAGAAAACAAGUCUUUAGCGCCGGAACCUGCCGAGAAAAUAGCGACGACGACGACCACGACGCCGACGAGAAAGCCCGGAGGUAGUGGGGCCCGCAAAGGGGACUCUGGAAAGUCGAAAUCGGGUGCUGCUUCCUUUUUCGGGAUGUCCCAGGAGUGGUUUCGCUAACGGACUCCAGCCAAGUGGCCUGUAAAGUGCAUCCGAGUGGAAUCUGGGCGAACCAACUGCUCUUUCCUUGUUUAACCAAACAUUUAAAAUGUUGAACGUGUGUGUCUAAAAACGAAAAAUUGUAAAUUGUAACCGUUGGAGGAGGAGUCACAUAUAUUAUAGAUACAUAUU